AUGGCGAUUAAUUUCAAUGCUUAUUUGUCUAUCAUGGAAGAAUGCUUUGAAAGGCCUACCCUAAGGGAAAGAACUGCGGCUUUGCUGGCGGUUCACGCGAAGAGGGAUCUUCGUCGUGGAUCUCCUGCCGGGGGCGCUGCUGGACGCGGAGAUCAAGUCGUAGGUGAUCCAGCCGUCGACGCUGGUGCUGAGGACGUUCCAGAUGAGCUAGUCGCUCUCCUACGCGAAGGAGUGGCGGAAGCCGUGGCGGCCUGGCAAGACGUUGACAACGCUGAUGAAGGCGACAUUGCCGGUGGAAUCGAUGUCGUAGAAGGGGUCGAUGGCGUUGCUCCAGUCGACGGUGAUGUUGGAGCCAUCGGCGAAGGUCAAGUCGACAACGUCACUGGAGCCGUCGUUGAUGGUCAGGUCGACAACGUCGCUAGAGUCGAUGCUGAUGUUCAAGUCGACAACGUCGCUGGGGCCGACGCUGAUGUUCAAGUCGACAACGUCGCUGGGGCCGACGCUGAUGUUCAAGUCGACAACGUCGCUGGGGCCGACGCUGAUGUUCAAGUCGACAACGUCGCUGGGGCCGACGCUGAUGUUCAAGUCGACAACGUCGCUGGGGCCGUAGACGACUUGGCCGCUGUCCGGACUGGACGCUCGCCGGAGCCAUACAAAUCUCCAGCAGAAAAGAGAGAGCGGUCCUACGAAACGAAAGUGAAAGACUGGCUUCGCCGAAAUCCCCAAGUCGGAAGAGCCGAAGAAAUGGCUGAUUCUUUCCUAGAAAAUGACAUGCCGUUGAUGGACUCAACGAAUUUCGAACGAGACUUGACUGUCUUCGACCGAAUCAGAUCCACCGAGAGUCAGCUUCAGUCUCAAAGGCCAAAUCGCGCCUUGAAUAUUCUGGACGAGUUGGACGAGCAAUACCGCGAAAACAGAAGAGAUCUUCCAAAGAAAAACUUCCGCUACCAGUCUUCGCUCCAGAUGCUCGAUCCGGAUAAUUUUAACUGA